AUGGGUUGUGUGUUUGGAAGAGAGAGUUCUCCUUCUGGGCAGGCGCGGUCCGAGAUCGUAGUGGAAAACCAGAGGGAAAAGGGGGGAGAGAGGGAUUUGGCUGUGCCCUCGGUUAGGAGAGAUAAAGUUGGGGCAGUAGCAAAGGCAGAGGGUGGUGGUGAUGAGGUUCAGAAUGGUGGGGAUCAGAAGGAGGAGCAAAAGGAUGGAAGUGUACGGCCUAGGGGUGAGAGGAGGCGAUCCAAGCCGAAUCCAAGGCUAAGUAAUCCGCCCAAGCAUGUCCACGGUGAGCAAGUGGCUGCCGGAUGGCCAUCCUGGCUCUCCGCGGUUGCUGGAGAGGCAAUCAACGGGUGGACCCCUCGUCGAGCAGAUACAUAUGAAAAACUCAAUAAGAUUGGACAAGGUACAUAUAGUAAUGUGUACAAAGCUAGGGAUGCUAUAACGGGAAAAAUUGUUGCAUUGAAGAAGGUCCGAUUUGACAAUUUAGAGCCUGAGAGUGUCAAAUUUAUGGCUAGGGAGAUUUUGAUUUUGCGUCGCUUGGAUCAUCCUAAUGUUGUAAAACUAGAAGGUUUAGUGACAUCAAGGAUGUCAUGUAGCUUGUACCUUGUCUUCGAAUAUAUGGAGCAUGAUUUGGCUGGAUUGGCUGCCAGUCCGGGAAUCAAAUUUACCGAACCUCAGGUCAAGUGUUACAUGCAUCAGCUACUGUCAGGUCUUGAACACUGUCACACCCACCAUGUGUUGCAUCGUGAUAUCAAGGGGUCAAAUCUUCUUAUUGAUAAUGGGGGUGUACUUAAGAUUGCUGAUUUCGGGUUGGCUUCCUUCUUUGACCCUCAUCACAAGCAGCCAAUGACUAGUCGGGUGGUUACUCUAUGGUAUAGACCGCCAGAGCUUCUUCUUGGGGCAACUGACUAUGGUGUAGGGGUGGACCUCUGGAGUGCUGGUUGCAUUUUAGCAGAGUUGUUGGCUGGGAAGCCUAUUAUGCCUGGUCGCACAGAGGUGGAACAGCUACACAAGAUAUUCAAGCUAUGUGGUUCUCCUUCAGAAGAAUAUUGGAAGAAGUCAAAGCUGCCACAUGCAACCAUAUUCAAGCCCCAGCAUUCUUACAAACGAUGCAUAGCAGAGACAUUUAAAGAUUUCCCACCUUCAUCACUGCCACUAAUUGAGACUCUUCUUGCAAUUGAUCCUGCUGAACGUCAAACUGCCACAGCUGCAUUAAGCAGUGAAUUCUUCACAACCAAGCCCUAUGCUUGUGAGCCUUCCAGCCUUCCAAAGUAUCCUCCCAGCAAGGAGAUGGAUGCUAAACUAAGAGAUGAAGAAGCUAGAAGACUGAGAGCGGCUGGCAAAGCCAAUGCUGAUGGUGUGAAGAAAGCUCGUGCACGUCACCGAGCUGUAAGGGCAUUCCCUGCUCCUGAAGCCAAUGCUGAGCUGCAAGCGAAUCUUGAUGUGGAACAGCUACACAAGAUAUUCAAGCUAUGUGGUUCUCCUUCAGAAGAAUAUUGGAAGAAGUCAAAGCUGCCACAUGCAACCAUAUUCAAGCCCCAGCAUUCUUACAAACGAUGCAUAGCAGAGACAUUUAAAGAUUUCCCACCUUCAUCACUGCCACUAAUUGAGACUCUUCUUGCAAUUGAUCCUGCUGAACGUCAAACUGCCACAGCUGCAUUAAGCAGUGAAUUCUUCACAACCAAGCCCUAUGCUUGUGAGCCUUCCAGCCUUCCAAAGUAUCCUCCCAGCAAGGAGAUGGAUGCUAAACUAAGAGAUGAAGAAGCUAGAAGACUGAGAGCGGCUGGCAAAGCCAAUGCUGAUGGUGUGAAGAAAGCUCGUGCACGUCACCGAGCUGUAAGGGCAUUCCCUGCUCCUGAAGCCAAUGCUGAGCUGCAAGCGAAUCUUGAUAGGCGGCGUCUAAUCACACAUGCCAAUGCAAAGAGCAAGAGUGAGAAGUUUCCUCCACCACACCAGGAUGGAACACUAGGUUAUCCUUUGGGAUCUUCACAUCACAUUGAUCCAACUUUUGAUCCUCCUGAUGUCCCAUUCAGUUCCUCGAAUUUCUCAUAUCCAAAAGCAUCCAUCCAAACUUGGUCUGGUCCAUUAUUGGACCCUGCUGAUGUUGGUGCUCCAAGGAGGAAGUCAAAGCCCUCAAAGAAGGAUUCGCACAAAGAUAAGAAUUCUGUUCGGACAAGAGAGAAAGAAGGCGUGUAAUAUAGUUAUGGUUUAUACAUCUACGGGAGAAUCCAAAAAGCUGCAAAUAUUGCCAGUUAGCCCUUCAUAUCCAAGCCGGCCUAUGUUAAAUUGCAUGGAGAGAGGUAAAAUAUAUUGUAUUCCAUAUUUCUUGUUUCUACAUUUUUUUUUCUUGGUGAUGAGAAGCUUCUGAAGUAUUGUAUAUGUCGAUUUUUUUUUAUCUUUUUAUGUUCAAGAUUUUAUUUAGAUUAGUUAAAUUUUCUAAUAAAACUCUCAGAACCUUUGCCUGUGUUAAUUUUUGUGUGUAAUUCUUAUGAUGCAGAAGCCAUUUUAGAAACUCA